AUGUCGAAUAUCGUGCUCGAUAAGGAUUCUUUCUACCGACGAAUAAAACGCCCCUACGCCAGCUGGAAGGAACCAGAGUUUUCCCAUGAUGAUUCGCUGCAAAAGGUGGAUUUCAUUCUGACGGCGGUUGGCGUAGACGAGGAAACCAUCUACAGCAAAUCAACCUCGCUGACGACCGGCAAGAAGAAGGUCGAUUUCCUGAAGCAGAUCGAGAAGGACGGUGAGGAGGGCAUUCCGUCGGUGAAGCUGUUGGUUCGGGAAAAGAACGACAAAGGCAAGGCCAAUUUUGAAAAGCUGCUGGAGGCAAAUAAGGAAUCCAAGGAUGGCAAAACGUUGCGCGUCUUCUCCAAGGAAAACUUCCCGGGUGAAUUCUGUGAAUCGUGGCGAGCCUUCAUCAAGGACAAGAGCUUCGACACGGUGGACAUCAGCGUCAAACGCGUACAUCAUACCCUCCAAGGAGGACUCCGAUGUUAUCACCAUCAGACGGUACACGUAUUUAACAAGUACCUCAAGAAUCACAUCAUGGAGAUUAUGGAUGCUGAUAAGAAAGUAAAACAUGCCAAACUGUCCGAGGGUGUCGAGCAGUCACUGACGGACAAAAGGUCUGAAGACAAUAGUGACAGUGUGACAGCUGCGAAGAAGCUGCUUGACAACAAUCGAUUCUCCGUUCUGAAGGGCGGUGCAGAGCCGGUGACGGUAACAACAAGACCGCCGAAAAAGGACAUAAUGCCGCUUUUCUACGUGAAAGGCUUCCCUCCCGGAGUGCGGGAAAAAUAA